UUAAACAUCAGGUGAUAAAAAGAUGAGGGCUGUCAGUUUUGUUAAAAGGCUACAAUGGGAUUUACCUGGCACUGUGUGUAGAUAUGGAUUAACAAUAGGAGAUGUCGAUAAUGAUGGUGAUAAUGAAUUAGUUGUCGGUACCGCAGAGGGAGAACUUUAUAUUUUUAAAGGGUCUGAGCUGUGGCAAAAGAUACCUGGGUUAGGUCUUGUAACUAGCGUAGCAAUAGGGGAUAUUUUUAAUUAUGGAAGAAAUGCAUUAGUCGUGAUAUGUGGAGAUGGUUGGGCCCAUAUCUAUUAUAGCCCAAGAUCUGUCAAUCCCAGCAUAACGAAUGUAACAUCGAGUCAACAAUUAAUUAAGGAAGCAGUUGAUCAAGAUGGCACAAAACACGGUCAUGCAAGUGUCGAUGUUGCAACAGGUGUUAACAUAACAAGUUCCUCAAGUUUGGAUCAAAUAGAUGGCAAUACCGAAGUCAAUGAAUUGUCUGGUAAAAUGGAAUGUGUUCAUGUACAAAGAAUCCCAACCAAUACAAAAAUGGUUUUAGUAGCAGAUGUUGAUAAAGAUGGUGCGAAUGAGAUGAUACUUGGCUUGACUGAUCGUGUAGUCAGAUCUUACAGAUGGUCAAGUAAUCUAGAAUUAGGAAGAGGAAAGCUAGUAGGAUUAAAUAAAUGGGAAUGUGCCAAUCAAAUAGGAACAGUCACAUUACAGCAUAUGGCUGAUGGGACACCGACGUUAUUAGUUGCUCAGCCUGGUGGAACGUUCAUGCGAAUUAAAUGUAACCCGGAAGAUUGUCAUUUAGAAGAUGAAACUCAGUACAAAGGUAACGAAACAGCAGCGAGUUGCGUAGACUAUCAAACAUUGGGAAUAUCCAGAAUGCGCAAUCAGAAUAUCUCGACAGAAAUCAUAGGAGACUUGGAGUGUAUAGUAGAGAGUAAGGUGUCGAAUUACGAAUUGAAAGAGACAUUACUUAAAUCGAACGUUCUAAAUGAAACUCAACAUGGUAAAAACUUUAAACCUGUCUCGUUAGAACUUAAGAAAAAUAAUUCGCAAUCAGAAGUAAGAAAAAAUAGCUUUGGUACCAUGGAAGAACGUAGGAGAAGUUCAACGGUAGAAAAUUUUAAAGUAAAUAAAACUUCCGAAACUAUCGAUUCUUCUAGUCGAGAUCAGGUGGACGGUAAUAUUUUGGGAGGCAAUGUGAUACUCGGUGAUUACGAUGUCAAAUCGGAGAAAGAUUCUUUAUUGCCCGCAUACAAGCAUUUUUCGUACCAAGAUAGUAGCGAUAAUAGCAACGCUGAAGAUCUAAAAAGGAAAGGUAAAACUGAAACCGAGGCGAGUGUACGAACGAAUUCGUUACAAGGAAAACCCUAUGCUCUUGCUACCUUAGACGGGACAAUAAUGUUAGUUAAAGAUGAAGUAAUUUUAUGGUCGAUGCAAGUAGAUCAUCAGAUAUUCGCUUUGUGUCGCUUAGAUGUAACUGGUGACGGUUCUGAUGAGAUAGUAGCCUGUGCCUGGGAUGGACAAACGUAUAUUUUAGAUCAACAACGUAACAGCGUACGUUUUCAAUUCGAAGAACCAGUUAGAGCAUUCUGUACUGGUGAUUAUAACGUUACCCCCGGAUUUCCGACACCCUGUCUCGUGUAUAACAGUUUUAACAAUAAGAUUUUUCUUUAUUACGACGUGAUACUUCCAAGUAUGGUUACUAAGCCUUUCAAUCCAAUCGAGGAACUCGAUUCCGAGGAAAAGAAAAUUUUAGACAAUCUACUAGGAAACUGUACCGAUGCGGAAAGGCAGCAAAAAAUACAAGAGUUAACAGAAUGCUUGUUAUAUGGAAUAUCUUAAAAAGAUUCAACGUUGUAAAUUAUACGACGAAGAGAAAAAUAUAUGCACAUUC